CUUCCUGUUACCCGUGAUGCACCGCGGGUGGUGCUAUGUUUUUCUCCUCAAUAAAUAAGUUAACUAAUGGAAAGUUAAUGAAAGUACGUAUAUAUGCCUGAGCUAUCAGCAUUUUCAUUUAAACGACGUAUAGUUUGAGCUUGACAAGUGGGCUCACAAAACCAGUUUGAUCCGGUAGGUUAGGUUGAACGUUGAACGUUGAACUCCGUAGCUAAGGUAACAACGUUUGACGUGAGUCGCGGGAGAAUUAAGAUCAAAUAAACACCGUAACACCCACGGAGUUAUUCCUGAUUAUUUCUAGACUUCUUUGAUUAGCAUUGACCAUGGAAAGACAUAACUUGGGAAACGAAAGGCUGAUAGUACCCAAUGACUUUACCUCAGCUGCAUUUUCAAGAAAUACUCAAAAGGAGCUGAUACCCCCAUCACAUUUCACAUCGAGUGCCCAGUCUGCUGGAUCACACCGAACUGCAAAAACCCAGGACGCAUCGGCACCCAUUUCCUGGUUUAACCCAGCCAAAACAUCAAUAUCAUCAGGGGAUUCCAGUCCUGCCAACCCAUGGCUCGCUAUAUCUCAGGCCCAACAGGAAAUCUUGGAGCUCAGGAGGGAAAAUCAGAGGAUCAUGAUGUCUCAGCGAGAAAACAGAGGUGCAGGCAUAGCCGUGGCUCAUCCGUCAGACCCUAGGACAAGGUGUGCAGAAAGAGGUGAGCAGUGGUCCAGAUGGGAGCCAGAGCGGCAUCUGGAGGCAGAGAAGCACAAGGCUGAAGUUGAAAGGUUGAAGGGGCAGGUGGAGGCCCUGAAGGAGACUGCAGAGAGAUACAGGGAAGAGAUGAGGGGCAGAGACAGCACACCGAACCGACAGAGCCAUGAGUUGGAAGCAAUGCACAAAGAGUUUCAUGAGGCCAAGAUUGAAUUGUGCAAAAUCAGAGAGGAACUCAGUGAAAGCGGUGCACAGAAGGAGAAAAUAAGCUCACAGCUUGAAAGGCUGAAGGGAGAAUCUGGUGAGAAAAUUACAAAGCUGAGAAGAGCUUUAGAGAGGAGUGAAGAGGACUCCCGGGAGCUUGUCCUGAAAGCCGAAAUGGGCAGGUUACAAGCUGAGGAGGAAGCCAAACAGCAGACUCUUAAAUUAUCAGAACAACUGGAGGAAAUGCGCAAGAAGCAGAAGGUCGAGCUUCAACACUUGAAUGCUUCCCACUGUGCAGAGUUGGAUACAUCAAUCAAAACCAACAGGGAACUACAUGACAAACUUCAAUCAAUGACCUCAGAAUUGUUGCAGCUGAGAAGCACUCUGGUGGAGGUAUCCACUGAGAGAGAUGGGCUUCAAGAACACAUAAGCCAAAUGGGACAAGCAUUUGAGACACAAUCAGCAACACUGCACAGCCUCAGAAAUUACAUCGGCCAGCUUGCCCCAGAGAAAGGAAAGAAGGAACGAUUAAAUGACACUGUGGAGAGGCUGAACAAAGAGAAAGCAGCUCUUCAGAUGACCGCAGAGCUUUUGACCGUCAGGCUUAACUCUGUGAAUGAGAUACUGGCCCUCCAAGAAGGGAACAUGGUGAAGAAGACCUUGACAGACACGCUCGUGAAGAAUGAAUCAGAAGGCCUUCAAGUGCUUCGACUCUGGAGAGGGAAAGUGUUCAAGCUAUGUGUCCAGCUUCGCUCAAAGGACAUUGAACUGAGAGGAGAGAAGGAAGAAAUUCUUUUCAAAGUCAGAACUGUGGAGCAGAAGCUCCAGCAGGAGCAGCAUCGGGCUAAUGUGCUCCAACACAGUUUGGAUAACAAGAUAGCUGAGCUGGACCUGGAGAGAAUAGAAAAGGAGAAACUGAAGAUGGACUUGGUCCAGGCUCACGAGGAAAACUCUCAGCUGAAGUCACAGAAUGAAAAAGCAGAGGCUGGUCUUAGAACUGUUUCAGAGGCAGCACAGAGGUUUACCUCAGCAUUUGAAAGCAAAGUGUCAGAAGUGGAUGCCGCUCAAACAAGGCUUAACACUUUAUCACAGAGGUUAAUUUUUGCAAAGAGACGAGUGGAGACUAUCCAAGGUUUGAUCAUGAGGAGGGUUGCUCUGCAGAAAGUUCAGCAGGCCAGUAAACAUGCAGAACAUACUGCAGACAGCAUCACAAACCUUCAGACGGAGCUUAGUUUGCUCUCUGAAGAGAGAGACAAACUCGCACAGGAACUCAAAAGAACCCCACAGCUCAUUGAGAAAGCUCUGGCUGACCUAAAAGAACAGUAUGAGAGCAACGUGCAGCAGCAGCAAAAGGAGCUGGAGCAGAGCUGGAUGGAAGUCCGUCAGGCUGUAGCAGGUAGAGAAGAGGCCGAACAGAACGUGCAGGAGCUCCAGGCCCAGCUGAAGGAGAGUGAAGUCAACCUGGAGGAACUCAGCUCUGAGCUGCUCAGUCAGCAGGAGCACAGCGAGCGUGCCCUGCAAGAGAGAGUGUCUGAGAUCAAGGACCACUGUGCUGAGAAGCUGAGAGAGAUGGAGGAUCAGGUCAAUACUGCCAGAAGGGAGCACACGAAAGCAGUUAUGACUUUGCGGCAGUUUGAGAAAGAGACGGGGAAGAAACAGGAUGAGAUGAGAAAAUCUCAACACUAUGGGAGCGAACACAUAAAACAAAAAGUCCAGGAUAAUCAACCGAUGGAGACGGUGAAAGACAAAAAUCUGCUGCUGGCCUCUGUCGCUGAGUAUACAAGAGCUCAUUCAACAGCUGCACAGAACUCUUUAGCACCCAGGGAACAUCCAGAAAAAUCUUCACACAUACAUGCAGAUGCAAGGCUCCUGUCUGUUUUGGAGGAGCUCCACAGCCUCAGUGCUGCAGUGGUUAACAGCUCAGAGGACUCUGCGGAGGAGGAGGAGGGACAGAGUGACAGCGUGGGACCGUCCACAGGCAGUCUGACAGCUGAUACCUAAUGAUGAGUCACUUGAGCCUGACAACACACCUUUAAUUUGUUCAAGAGGUGGGCAGUGAUGAUGCUGGAGGAGCCAAAAAAAACACAGCCAGUGCAGAUUCAUUAUACUGACAUUUAACACAAACAGGAAAUCUUUCAUUAGAUCUUCGGUGUCCGUCUACAGGAGGACUUUUAUUUGCAGACAAUUCUGGAAAACAUUGAUGGGCACAAAAUCUGACUCAGCAAAGACUCUGGGCUGUAUCAAUACUCCUAAUUUCUAUCGAGUAAAUCUCAAUACAUGAGGAAUGAAAGAAAUAGAUUUUUAUGUAAUUAGUCCCAGCAAGAAACUGAAAAAGUAGAUUAUCCUGAGAAUAAAACUCUGGCAGAGUUGCAAAACAUCUAAAACUCUGCACAAAAUCCUUAUUUUACUGGAAAAAUUAUCUCAAACUAGUUAGUUUCGCUUCAAUCGCCCCAAAAGUCGCACAAACCCCAAAAUCUUAAAUUAAUGUACAUUAGAGAAAAGUACUUUAUAUAAUUUAUGUCACAUAAAAAAUCUGAAUAGGUUUUUAAAAAUGUUCUGAUUUCAAUAAAUACAAAUAUGUGACUCAAUUUUCAGUGACAUUUUUAUCAUUAGCUAAUUUGGAACAUUGGUAAUUGCUCACAGAUAACUGUCUUGGCUUGGAUUUUAGUAGUUUAUGUGAUGGCUCAAAUAUAAAUGUAUCAUGCAUCAGGUCCGUGAUAGUAAAGCCCUUCAUAAUAAGUCAGAUGUUUCAAUAAAGUGAGAUUCAAGCAUAAAAACAUCAGACUUUCUCAGGUGUAUAUGAGAACUUUGAGUUUGUUUAGAUGAAGCAGGUGUAAAUGUCACUGGUUUCUCUUCAUAUCACAUGGAGACAAUGGGGAGGACCUGUAGGAUCUCGUGUGGAAAGAAAUCAAUAGUUUCUAUUUGAAGUUUCUCUAUAGAGGUCAAUCUGAAAAUGACUGUGUAGUCAUAGGAUGGAUGAUGAUAAACAUCAUGAUGAAGUAGAUAAUUGUGCUAUUUGUCAUGUUGUCAUGAGUGCUAAUAAAUGUUGCAGUAGUUCAGAGUUUCCAGCCCUGAGGUAAAACCAUCUCAUGGAGAGCUCAGUGAAAUUACUAAUAAAGUCUAGACGUCCCUACUCUU